AUGCAUGAAACUAUAAAGAACGAGGAAGAAUGCAAGAUAGCUGACUUGUGUGUACACGAUAAGGUCCCGAUGUGUGGUAUUGAUUCGUGCGGCGAAAUGAGGACUUUUAUAGACACGUGUGACAUGCACGAGUUCAACUGCGACAGUAAAAAAGAUUUCAAACAAAGGCCUAUCCAUGAGUGCUGGGUCACCUGCAAAAGAGGACGCUCAUUCAAGAAACCCGAGUUUAGAACGGAUUGCAACUUGAACAUUAAAAAUAGAGUAUAA